AUGCGAGGAAGUUUCAUGUCCACUCCUACAGUGCCCGCUUAUAGAAUUGAAAGCCUGUCCCACGCCCUACAGCAGUGUCCCGCCACACACUGGGAGAGGAUCAGGCGUCAUAACAAGGUGGUCAAGAAGGUCGCCGGGCUUCGCAGGAAGAAGCAAUGGACGACCAAGGAAGCACCCCACGUACGGCACCAGGACGGUACGCUUAUUAAACCGGACUUGGUUGUCCACCAUUCCACUAGUACACUUGUUGUGGACGUGGGGGCCGCAAGACAACGUUGGCCUGGUAAAGCUUCACAAGUUUUGCCCAUUAUUGUUGGGGACUGGUCGAGGUGUAACGGGCCCACCGAUGAAGCUCUAAACACAGGCGUUGAGGGCGAGCUGUGUGCAAAGCGUGCCCAAGUGGUGCUUUUCGAUCCACCAAUCGUUUGGUCUGCAGGCUCGCGGGUGUCACAGUUUGCGCGGUUCUUACCCGCCACUAACUAG